AGAAUGAAAGUGAUAAUGAUGAGAAAAUUAAUGUAUAUGGUGAUAGUAUUAGUAUUAGUGAGUGUGAGUAGUGGAAAUGUAAUAUUGCAUGAUUAUGGGGAUGCCCUUGCUAAAACCGUAUUAUUUUUUGAGGGGCAGAGGUCAGGGAAGCUGCCUGCUACGCAGCGUUUGGCAUGGAGAAAGGACUCGGCUCUUCGCGACGGUCUCGAUAAGGGUGUAAGUGUCAUUUCCUCAUUUUAUCUCAUUUGAUUUGAUUUUUAAUCUCAUCAAUUACGCUCACAAUCCAAUUUCUAGAAUUAGUUUUCGUACAUAAACAGAGAAUAAAUAUUCUUCUGUUUUACCCUAUUUUUCUAUGGAGAAGAAUGUUUGCUCAUGUAUAACAAUCCCUUCUAAAGCAUCGGAACAAUAAUUAUUCUGUAUAGUAAAUAGAGAUACUAAUUAGUAGUGGAUUUGAAAUUUAUAAUUAUUUGAAUUAAUUAAUUCAAAGUUAGGAUGCUAUAAUUUUUUAUUUUUAAUGAUAAAUAUAGUAUUAAUUAGAGUUUAUUUUAUGUAAUAUUUUUUUAUUUUUACAAUAAUUGUAUAAUAAAUAGAUUAAGAGUAGGACAUUGUGGAACACAUUAAAUUGUGGGACAUAAGAUCCCAUUCGGGUUUCGUGUAGUGUGCACGCAUGCAUCCUUGUUUAAUUUAUAUAUCUUUGAAAUAAUUCCUACAAGAAAUUUAUUAUUAUCUUUGUCCAUAAAAGAAUUAACUAUUUCUUAAUUAUAUGAGUUUUAAUAAAUAGGUUAAAUGUGUUUUGAAUAUAAUGAAGAUCUCAUUUUUUUAUAGUUUUAAAUUGAUUAAUUUGGUUGAGUGAUGUUUAAAAUUACAAUAUUGGUAAAUACUGAAUAAUACAGAGGGUUAUAAUUACCGUGUGGAUGAAAUAAGGGUCUUAGUCAUAUUUCUUACCAAUAUAAGAAAUAUGAAAUAAAUGUAUUUUUUAUGAAUGGAUCAAAAUAGAAAAGUAAGUAAAUUUUUCGUGGAUGAAGAAAAUAUUUAGUAUGUCAUGUUAUUACUUUAAAAUUAAUUUAGAGCAAACCUUCUGCUCCCGGUAAAUUAUAUAUAAGCAGCAUGCAUAUAUAACGGCCAAUAAUGAGGGGAGAUCGAAACUUAGAAGAAAAUUAUUAAUUGAUUGUUAAUGCUACUUUGCAUAAAUAUUUAGAGAAUCAUUUAGUUGAUGGAAAUAAUUAUUUAUUAAACAUUUCUCACUUCUCAAAACAAAUUAAACUCUAGCUCACUUUAGUAAAAAUCAAUAAAUUAAUUUGACGCAUUUGCUUCUAUAAACAAAUCUCCCAAAAAAUAUGUUGCCCUUGAUUCUGAAAGAAAAUACAAGUCCAUAGCUAGCUAAUUGUUUGGAAUUUCAAAAUUAAAAUGGAUUAAAUUGAUGCAUUUACUUUUGAAAACAAAACUAUCUAUUUAUGAAAAAUUCUCUCCCAUCGCCUUCUCAAAACAAAACUCUCUAUCUGGAAAAAAUUAUCUUUGUCUUCGAUUCUACCCAAACUAAACACCAUUAAAUAUUGUUAUUCAGUGAUAGAAUUGAUAAGAGGAAGGGAGAUAUAUGUGAAGGUGAUAAUGAUAAGAAAAAUAAUGUAUGUAGUGAUAGUAUUAGUGGGUGUGGGUAGUGGAAAUGCAAUAUUGCAUGAUUACGGGGACGCCUUCUCAAAAAGCAUACUAUUUUUUGAGGGGCAAAGGUCAGGGAAGCUGCCCGCUACGCAGCGUUUGACAUGGAGAAACAACUCGGCUCUUCAUGACGGCCACCACCAGGGCGUGGACUUAACCGGUGGAUACUACGACGCCGGCGACAACGUUAAAUAUAAUUUCCCGAUGGCAUUCUCAACGACGAUGAUGGCGUGGGGAGUGAUCGAAUACGGCAAGACAAUGGGCCCGGAACUGGUGCAUGCGCUGGAGGCGGUGCGGUGGUCGACGGACUACUUCCUCAAAGCCACCGCCACUCCCGGCGUCGUUUAUGCUCAGGUUGGAGACCCCAAAGCCGACCACAAUUGUUGGCAGAGGCCAGAGGAUAUUGACACUCCUCGAACGGUUUAUGUGGUCAGUCGGAACGCGCCCGGAUCCGAAGUCGCAGCGGAGAUCGCGGCGGCGCUGGCGGCCGGCUCUUUGGCGUUCAGAGCCUUCGGAGAUAAAGUGUACGCUAAAGUGCUCCUCAAAAGGGCUUCUGAGGUAUUUCAGUUUGCAGAUAAAUAUAGAGGGUCUUACAAUGACAGUAUCGGUGAAGGAGUGUGCCCUUUUUAUUGUGAUUAUAGUGGCUAUCAGGAUGAAUUGUUGUGGGGCGCAGCAUGGCUCUACAUAGCCAGCAAAAAGAAUCUUUACUGGAAUUACGUUACGCAGAACAUGAUAAACUUCAAACCGCAGAUAGAAUCCGCCCUUUUCGAAUUCGGAUGGGAUGCAAAACAUGCUGGGAUCAACGUUCUUCUUUCUAAAUUGGUGCUAAAUAACAGCAUGGAAGCUUCUACUCCUUUCCUCUCCUAUGCAGACUCCUUCAUCUGCUCACUUGUGCCCGAUUCUCCCACCAAGACUGUUCAAUUCUCUCCUGGCGGGCUUCUGAUAAAACAAGGAGUGUGCGACUUGCAGCACGCCACCGCCCUCUCAUUUCUGGUAUUGGCCUACGCUCGUUACUUGAAGAAAUCUCCGCAUCUCAUCCGAUGCAACGAUAAAAUCAUCACUCAAACCCAGCUUGUGGGUUUCACAAAACAGCAGGUGGACUAUAUACUGGGAAGCAAUCCAUUGGGAAUGUCGUACAUGGUGGGAUACGGCAGCAAGUAUCCGCGGAGAAUACACCACAGGGCAUCCUCGCUGCCAUCGCUGGCUCAACAUUCCGACCACAUAGCCUGCAAGGCCGGCACGCCCUACUUCUUGAGCGCUGCCGCCAAUCCCAACGAGCUGACGGGGGCGGUGGUGGGAGGCCCGGAGGUGGACGACUCCUUUGCUGAUGAUCGCGUCGACGCCUCCAAAUCGGAGCCCACCACUUAUAUCGCUGCGCCUCUUGUAGGAUUAUUGGCUUAUUUCAAAGCCCGCUCGUCUCACUGACUACAACAUUCCAGAAAAGGCGGCAUUGUUUGUGCAACACCUUACGCGCCGGAAUCACACACGUGCUCACAACUGUUCACGUGCUUUUUUUCCACAUCCCCCUAACAUUACUCAUUCCUUCAUUUUCUGGCGUUUUUUCAUAUAUAUACGUUAAUUCAGACCAACAUCAGCAUCACAGUUAUUCCAACGCAUUCUAAUAUCAAUUAUCAAACUCAAAUAAUUUGCACUCUCUACCUAUACCUCUAAUUUAGACCCGAGGUCCACGUUCUAAUUGUUGGACUAGAAUUUCACCCACGACUUUUCUCGUUUGGAAAAUACUAUUUUGUGUUAGUUUGCUAUAUUAUGGUAGUUUUUGUUGUUGUAAUUCAAUUAAACUGUAAACUCAAUUAAAAUAUCGAGUCUUACAUGGUACGUGGUUUUUUUUUUU